AUGCGGCCCGCCCGCCGCAGGGCCCGCCCCGCGGCCGCUCCUGUCCCCGCCCCGGCGGCCCUGGCCAGCGGGCGGCGCUGCGGGGAGGCACCGUGCGGCCAUGGCGGAGCGGAGGAGCGGCGCGGGCCGAGGGCCUGGCCCGCUGUCCGAGUGGGGCAGACGCGCACCUUGGCCUGCUGCGUGGUGACGGGGCGGCGGGGCGCGGAGCCUGAGGCACUGGGAUGGCGUGUGGCCGGGGUGCUGGUGCUGGCCCGGAGCUUGCGCAUGACAACAAAGUUUUCAAGGGCUUUGGAUAUACCUGUGGAGUUUUGUAGAAAAAAUGUGAAAUUGCGGGGGAAAUUACAUCGCCAUAACGGAGAAGGCCUGGAAGUUGAACACAUUCCCAUUAGCAUUCCUUUUAUUACAGCAAUACAGAGAAAAUGGCAACCGAAAGGUCUUCUACUGGUAAGACUUGCUGGAGUGGAGUUGGCACCAAGUGGCAUGGCCUGGUUACAGCAAGAGUUAAAACCCCAACAGAUGAUGUGGUUCCAACUUCUGGGAAGGGAGGACUUGGCACUAGAGUGCCUUGUUUUAGUAAAUAAGGGUCGAUUUCUCAGCGUCUGCUUAAAUGAAGAGAUCUUGAGACAGGGGCUUGGCAGAACAGCACGUAUUAAAGGACUGCAUCACGAUUCCCGCCUGUACUGGAAACUUCACAAAAGACUCCUUCGAGCAGAGUUAAAGGCCUUGAAGAAUAAAGGAAUAUGGCAAGAAGAAAGUUACUCUGAAAGAAUUAGAGAUCGUAUAAACAACAAUAAAUUUGUACAAACAUUGAAGCAAUUUGUGAGCUGGUUAAGAGCUCUGUUUAAAGGUAAAAAGGAGACUUGUUUGGAGGAACACCAAGCUAUCUGUGUUACAUGCUUGAUGCUAAAGUGUAAGGUUAUGAAAAAAACAGUGCCAUAAUUUUGAGGGUCCCUGUCUUGAACAGAAAACCCACAGUUACUUAAUGCCAUUUUAUAACUCAUGUGGGAUUGAAAUUUAGUAGUAAUAUGCAGGUCACAAAUUAAAAUGUUCUGAAGCCGAACUUUUCUACAACAAUGUCCUAAAUUAGUUGUCCAGUUUUCCACCUGCUAAAUACCUACAAAUCUCUGUUAAUAAACUGGUGAAAGCAAUCAACAGCCCAGUUUUUAAAGAGGUGCAGAGUGUUUGUUCACAGUGUACGGCCUUAAAUGCUUCUCUGCUACAUAUCAUUGCUAUGUAGCCUGCACUGGUUAGAAAACCUGUCAGACCUUUACAAAGCUGUGGUGUUUACCACACAAGCAUUUUGUCUGAAUUUCUAUUCUUACACUACUUUGUGUAUCAUUUGUGUUUUAAAAAAUCUUUCAUCUUGAAUAAUGGGUUGCACUGUUACUGAUAUUAAAGGUAAUUUGUUAUGGCUGAUCCUAAACAUCUGAUAAGGUCAUAACAACUAAGGUGUCUUGGAAAAAAAAAAUCACUUGGUAUAUCAAGGAAUAUAAAUUAAUAUUUCAGUAGUCCAAAUAGAACACAACAUUCACUUGAAGAGGAAAAACCUAUGCUGUCUUUUCUGAUGGUUCCAUAAAUAUUUAAAAUCAGAUGCAAAUAGAAGUAACAUGAAGUUUGAAAAGAUGGACCAUACUGUGCUAAGAACUUAAAUUCUUGUUUUAUAUGGAAAUGCAUCUUAAAUAUAUGAGUGUAUUAUUUAUUUUGUAAAUAUUCUCAGAAUAAAAACUGAAUUUCUUA